UCGCAUAGUUCCUAGAGUCAUGGGCUGGGGUGGGGACCAGCUUUAGAAGCCUUGGGAUUGGACGACGACAGACAGCAGAUCUGCAAUCAGAUCAUAGACUCCGCCUCCCAAAAGGAGAGGCUACAGAAGUCUGUCAGAGACUCUCUCCUGCAACUAAACCUGUUGCUCAGGGUAUGGCAAAGAAAGCAGCCGACGAGCACAUGGCUCUGUGCUUCUCCGUUCUACUGAUUUGUCUGUGGUCAGUGUUGCCAAAUGAUGCUGCUUCUCUUUGCUACAUCUUCACUGUUGGCAAGUCAGGGUCUGGACCAUGGCGGCACAAAGUCCAAGGCCAACUGAACAAAGAGACUUUCCUUUCCUACAUCAGUAUUGACAACUGUCAUGUCUUUGGUGUUCUGGGGAGCAGACUGAAUGCCACAAAGAUCUGUGAAAAACAGAAUGACAUUCUGAACGAUGGAGUUAACCUGAUCAAGCAACAAGCAAGUCACAUAAAUAAUAUAAUCAGAGAGGCCCUCACUGUGCAGGCCGAGAUGUGUUGCUGGAAUGAAGAAGAUGGACAUUUGAAUGCAUCUUGGGACAUUGACCUCAAUGGACACAAAAUACUGCACUUUGACUCAAGCACUGGGAAACUGACUGAAGUCGGUCCUGGAUCCAGCAGGAUUAAAGAGCUGUUGAAGGAAGACAGGCAUGUGACUGCCUUCUUAACAGUGACCUCACAGGGGACUGUAGGUCCUGGCUUCAGGAGAUCAUGUUGCACUUGGGAAAAAAGCUGCAGCCUACAGCCUCACCAACUGCUACUCCACAUGUGGACCAGCCUCCUUCGUCACUGGCCAUCAAGCCCAACAUCUCUGUCCUGCUGAUAAUCCUCCCCUACACUCUUCUGUGUUUUCCAAGAGGAACCCUUGACAAUGACAGGGAGAAGAUGCUCCAGAGAAUGUUGUGAGAGUUCGUCUGGUGCCACUGAGCUUCCGCUCCAUCAGCCUCAACCAGAUGAAUCUUGAUGCUGCCAACAUAAUGUUUCAUGUUCUUUCACUUGGUGAAAGUUCCUUGGUCCUUUUUUUUUUUUUAAAUCACCUUGUACUGUGUUCUUGGUGCUUUCUGGUGGGAUUUGUCCUUACAUGAAAUUACUUGAACUAGAGACUGGAAAAGAACAUGGUCAUGUACCCAUUCCCUAGCUUAGGCAUCAGAAUAACCAGAUCUCCUUAGUGGGAGUGUGAAGUUUUUACACAUGUGUAUAUAAAUGGAAAUAUUCAAAUAUCUCAGAUAUCACUAAAGGAAACCUGUAACUACUAAUCAUAGGAAACAGAAAUAGAGGACUAGCUUUUUAGUAGAAGUCACUGGAAAUUGGAACACAGCCCUAGACCUUAACACAACUGAUUUCAUGAUGGAAGCUCUGUUCAGGCUGUAAAACUCAGCACAUAGACAGCACUACUUACCAGAACUAAAACAAAGGCCUAAUCCAUCCAAGUCCAUGGUUAAGGGCAAGGCUCUGAAUGUGCUAACCUUGCUUUUUAGCUUCUGUAGUUCUGCUUCUGGCUAACUUUUCUGGUUAACUGAUAGUUUGUCCACAGACAGCAUGGGUUUUUGUGCUUAAAUGCUCUGCCUGAGAAAGGCUUGGUGCUGCACUGGGAUCCCAAACACCCAUUGUAGUUGCUGACCAACUAAUAAAGAGUUUCUACUGACUUAAA